AUGUCUGUAUCAGAAGCUAUUGCCAAGGUUCAGAGACUUGCUGCAGAGGAGUCUGGAAAUAAAGAUUCUCAUGCGGAUCUUCUCAGAGCUAUUCGCGAACUGCAGCUUGCGGCAGAGACACCCCUUGAGACUACAUCUCGCAUGAAUUUCCAGAUAACACAAAACAUUGCAAUAAGAGUCGCGAUCGAACAUCAGUUCCUUCAUGUUCUUGUUGCUCAUGAUGGGAAGGCUGUUUCAGCCACUGAACUGGCUGAGGAAACGGGAUCAGAUCUUCUCUUAAUCAUUCGAGUGAUGCGAGUUCUCACUGCUGUCGGCUUAUGCGAUGAGCUUGGUAACCAACUCUACGCGGCAAAUGACAAGACUCGUUUCAAGGUUCUUCCAGGAUCCAUCGCUGCUGAGAAGCAUCAUUUUGAUCUGGAUUUUGGGAUGGGCGGGAUGCUAGUCGACUAUAUGCGCGGACCUGGCAUUCAACAAUUUGCGGAUGAGCCUGGAGCCACCACAUUAUUCAAAUAUGCUCACGGCACUGAUGUGAUCUUCGGCUUGUUGGAAAAGAACGCAGAACAGAAACAAGCCUUCGAUGACUAUAUGGCUGCACGUCGUGUAGCUGAUAUGCCUCAGUGGUUUGAGAUCUUUCCUGUAGCCGAACAUCUCGGGUCUCUUCGUGAAAAUCCCGGCGCAGCUCUUAUGGUCGAUGUUGGUGGCGGGCCUGGCCAGGAACUAGCCAGAUUCAAGAAGCGAUACCCCGAAAUUCCAGGGCGAUUCGUCUUACAAGACUUGCCAGUCACAUUGAACCGUAUCGAGAAGUUACCGGAUGGGAUUGAGGCUAUGGAUUAUGACUUUUUUACACCUCAGCCUGUCAAAGGAUCUCGUUUAUACUUCCUGCGAAACAUACUGCACAACUGGUCAGACGGGAAGAGCGCUCAGAUCCUCUCACGAAUAAUUGAAGCUAUGGAUCCGGAGUAUUCAACACUUCUGAUUGAUGAGUACGUGCUGCCAGAUACGGGUGCUGAACUCAGAGGUGCGGAGAUGGACAUCCUCAUGUGGCUUCAUACGGCGGGACUUGAGAGAACUGUGUCCCAGUGGAAGAAUCUUUUUGACACCGUUGGACUGGAGCUUGUGAAAAUUUGGGACUCUCCACGGGGCAAUGAGUCAGUGCUAGAGACACGGGUAAAGAGACAAUAG